AAGCAAGGAAGAGGCGCGAGGGAGAGCGGGGAUUGGAGGUCGGUGGUGGGAGGAACCGCGACAAUCAAACAUGCGACACAGCGAAUUUCAUAAUAUUCGUAAGCCGUGUGGCGGGUGGAAGUGACUCGAACGCGCAGCGAUGGCAGCGGAAGCGACAGCGACAGCACCGACGGCAGCAUUCGACCAGGCAACCAGCGGCAGCGAAUCGUCCCUGUGUGCGAAGGAUAAAGGCUGGUUCAACUGGUGGACGGGCACAUCCUUCGACAUGUUACGCGCGCUGGAAAAGCGCAUCCUUUCCUACCUGAAAACGCCGUACCGGGGCAGCUUCGUCGACGUGGGGCACUGCGUCGGCGAGGCGGACAAGAUAUGGACGCUCUCGCUCAACACGGAGUCGCCGAACGUGCCGCUCGUGCUGGUGCACGGGCUCGGGGCGGGCGUCGCGCUGUGGGUGCUGAACCUUGACGCGCUUGCCCGGGAGCGGCCGGUGUACGCGAUCGACGUGCUCGGGUUCGGGCGCAGCUCGCGGCCCCGCUUCUCCACCGACCCGAUGGUGGUCGAGAAGCAGCUGGUGAAAUCGAUCGAGGAGUGGCGCCGGGAGAUGAACCUGCAGGAGAUGAUACUGCUCGGCCACUCGAUGGGCGGCUUCAUCGCGGCGAGCUACGCGCUCUCCUACCCGGACCGGCUGCGCCACCUCAUACUGGCCGACCCGUGGGGCAUGCCGGAGAAGCCGAAGGAGUUCGAAAACAAUGCGCGCAUCCGGUUCUGGCUGCGGCCGAUCUUCGCGGUGUCGAAGAUGCUGAACCCGCUGUGGCCGAUACGGUUCGCGGGCCCGUACGGGCCGUCGCUGGUGAGCCGAUUCCGGCAGGACAUUGUGAUGAAGUUUUCCAACGUCAUCACGGACCGGAUGGACAUCUCGAACUACAUCCACCAGUGCAACUCGCAGAACCCGACCGGCGAAGGUGCCUUCCACUCGAUGAUGCAGGACUUUGCGUGGGCCAAAAACCCGAUGCUCAACCGGAUCGGCGAGAUGAAGCGCACCGUCCCGGUGACCGUGCUGUACGGCUCCAAGUCCUGGCUGCUGCACACCAGCCCGCCCGACACGAUCAAGCAGCUCGGCGAGAACAGCUUCGUGAACGUGCGCAUCAUCGAGGGCUCGGGCCACCACAUCUACGCCGACGAUGCCGACACUUUCAACCGCAUGGUGAACGAAGCGUGCCAGGCGGCGGCCCGCGUACAGCCGGACGACGGCACGGCAAAAUAGUAGCGAACGUGGGGUCCGUCUCCGGAACACGCAAAAAAAAACAAAUCGCCCCCCCCCCCCCAUCAUCACACCAACUAAAAUCGGGAUGUAAGCGUCACGAUGUGCGAUAUGUGUGUGUGUGCCGAUGACGGAUUGGAAUUGCGGUGGAUGUGAAAAAAAGAAACAAAAAUGAUUCGUCAUUACGGCGCUGGCUGACAUCACACGCGCCAACUGGCGGGGCUCGAAAACAUGCCGCGUCACGAUGCUAUGAUAGCGCGCGCACGCGACGACGGUGGCGGCGGUGGAGUGGGAAGUUAGAGUGAGUUGCGCUUAGGCCACACUGCUGCAUGGCAGGCACUAGAAUAGAUGACGAAACGGAAGGCGAACGUUUGCAGCAGGGAUUUUUUGUUUGUUUGUUUCACAUUAUCUGAUAAAAUUGCAACACUUACCCGGGACGCUCUGUGACAUCAAGUCAUCAGGUUACGCAUACGUUGUUAGAUCGAACCUAUGGCGUUAAACUGCGAACGGUUGGGAAAGUGUUGCAAUGGAUUUACAUUUUGUGUAGGAAAAAUCUCUUGUGAAGAACGUGUUUAGUAGCUGUUUGGAAAAGCCGCCUAGCUCCGGGAGCACCACCGCCGGGUGCUAAAACUCAGGGAUGUUACAGCCUUUUUCUUUGUAUUUAAUUCUUCACUACACAUAGAAGUUAACCAGAAAGUUGCACCGUGCAGUAUCACAAUGUAAGGCAAUAGGGUAGAUUAUUAAACAAAAAUGUAUAUAUUCUUUGAUUUAAGAA